AUGUACUCUCUUUACAGCCCUGGAACCCCCUGUAUAGGUGUGUCUCUGGAAGGCCCAUCAGCAAUCUCUGAAACGGAAAGGCUCUGUAUCACAGUGAAGAUCACCUAUGAUGGUUUGACAAACGAGGAUUGCGAGGCUGUCCAUGCUGAUGCAAAGCCAAUCACCAUCCAUGAUUACCCUUUUUAUCGUGAUAACUUUCGACUACAACGCCGCUGCCACGAUUACGAUCCGUUGAAGAAUUCGGACGAGGAUCCUCUGCAGUGGAAGGGUUAUUUUGACGACGAACGGAACGAGGGUUGGAUGAUAGUGGAUGAACCCGACGUUGAGGUCAACGUCACGGAUUCUAUAUUUUUCCGCAGCCUCCAACCAGGGGAAAGUCUUAUUAGACAUGUUUUCCUUGGCUUUCUCGACUUGCACCCCAAUACAGUGGUCGGCGACACAUAUCGAUACCAGUACUGGGGUUGCUGUUGGACUUGGGGCGAUCGAGAAGACCAUGCGAAGACAGUAGUGAAAUUACCAUGUUGGCUGAAUGAUCAUGUCGUUGACCCCGCUGAUAAUGAUGGAAGGCCGGUUAUAACUCAUCCAAUUUUGUCGAGUUCACCGUUGUUAAUUGAUUUGAAAUGGAUACUCUUUGGUCUUGACGUAAAGUCUAGGAACAAAAUAGACAUGCAUUUGACUUAUGCUUUUGCCUUUUCUUUUGAUUCAUCGGGAAAGCCCCCAUGCUCAAGGUGGGCUGUGUCAAUAUACAAAACAGCUAGUCUGAAGGCACCUACUCUCAUGUAUUCUCGCGUAUGCAUGGACUACCAGCGUGUGGCAUGA